AUGCCACCCCGGAGCUCGGCCGCCCUCCCGGCGCCGCCCCCGCACCCCAUAAGUCCGCCGAUCCGCAGCGACCCCACAAUGUCCAGACCCCUCCCGGUCUCCUGGGCGCCUCCACACCCCGGCCCACCUGGACCCGCGGUUCUGCGCCGCCCGCAGGGCAAGAGGCGGCCGAGGAGUCCUGGCCCCCGGGCUAUCGUGGGUCCGGCCACGCCUACCCCGCCCAGCACGCCCCCGCAACCCCCAGCCUCUUUCGGGGGGCCUGCAGAACUGCGCGGUCCGGGGCCGUGCACGCAGCGCCUAGCGGUGUCCGGGCUGGGCGAGGAAGGAGCGCGGACGCGGCGCCGAGAGCACUACCCGGAGGCGGGACCCGGCCAGGCUCGGAUCUACCCGGCUGCGAACACGCAAAGGGCGGGGCUUCGGCUCGGGAAGGGGUGGGGCCAGAAGCUUCGGGCUCCGAGGGCGCCAAGGGACCCCGGAAAGAGGCGGGGCCUGGAGCUGAGCUGUCAGAGGGAGGCGGGGCCUCCGCUCCAGGUUUCUUCAGCCAGAAUCAGGGGGCGAUUUGGAGACAGGGCCACAAGCUUCCAAUUUUUUCGGAGGUGGUCGAGUAGGUUCGGUUGUGGGCGGAGCCAAGAGCUUCGGCCGGACGUGGGCGGGGCCACAGUCUCGGCUCCCUUCGGAGGUAGUCGGGGGGUGGCUCCGCCGGGACUGCGAGCUGGUGUUUACGAGGUGAAUAGCUGGUUCCGUCAGAGGACGGUGCCACAUUCUGAAGGGAGCGCUCACGAGCGGGCUGAGCCCGCCCGAGAGGAGAACGCUCUGGGCUUCCGGCUGCUUUGCCGCCAGGCGCGGGGGCCCGCGCGGCCAAUCUCGCCCCUGGCCAGAAUGCUGACCGCAGGGCCCGAGGCGCCCCGGCAGGGCCCCGGCGCUCCUUUCGGGGCGGGGCCUCGUCUGGGUCAGCCCCGGGGCCUGGCGGGAUCGCCCGGGGGCGGAGCCCGUCGCCCAGGGGGCGGGACUGGUGCGCCCGCUCAGCAGGUGGCGAACGCGGCUCGGAGCGAGGCUCCGCCCCACGAGCCUCAGGGGCGGGGCCUCGCCGAGACCCCCCAGCUAGGCGGUGGGCACCCUCCCAGCGGCGCGAAUCCCGCGGCGAGAGGCGUGCUGCUCGGUGGGUGA